AUGUUCCUUAAAGCUGUUCGGUAUUUGCUUUUGGCGGGGAUUUUUGCACCCAAUCUGGUGGCGUCCGAAGGAAUUGAGUCCUACGAGAACUACUACAACGAGAUACAUAUUGAUGACGAGCAGGCGGAGGCCAAAACCCGAAAUGCAUUGACUUCUCCACUCCAACGUUGGCCAGGCAAUAAGAUAUUGUACCGCAUAUCUACGGACUACAGUGAACAGGAGGUAGCCAAUGUGCGGACAGCAAUGUCAAGUUUUGGCGAGCAAACCUGUGUGCAGUUCGAAGAGAUCGAAGGAGCUCCGCCCGCAGGCAAACGAUAUGUGUCCUUCAAGAAGUCGCCCAAUAUGUGUGGCACUCGAGUGGGCUAUCAACCUCUGUCCUUUGGUCCGCACGAAGUUGUCCUUAACGAGAAAUGCCUCACUAUGCCGGCUGUAAUUCAACACGAAACCCUUCACCUGCUGGGCCUUUUCCACGAGCAGAGUCGUCCCGAUCGCGAUGAGUACGUGCAAAUCGACUACGACAAUAUCCCGAGGAAAUACUGGUCGCAGUUCAUGGCCAUGGAUCAGACAACCACCUUCAAUGUUCCAUACGAUUACGAGAGCGUUAUGCACUAUUCGAAGAACGCCUUCGCCAAGGAUCCCUCAAAGCCAACAAUUCGUGCCCUAAUCGGUGGUAAGGCUGUGGAGAGGGAAAUGGGUCAGGUGCGAGGACCUUCCGAAGGGGAUUGGACCAAAAUUCGUUUGAUGUACAAGUGCUAG